AUGAUGGCCAUGGUUAUGUGACGCGCCCGAUUUUCGAAGGGAUUUUUGGAGGGAAAAUCAAAACUGGCGGGAGAGCAUGGGACUUUUGUCAAUGAUAGAGAACUUCGUCUACCACGUGUUUUAGACUAAUGUGUUUCCAAGAUGCAAGGUGAUGGGACAUUGUACUGUGUUCGUGUGCCCCUCUGGCCGCGGGUCCUCGGACUCCGCCCCCACGCACCGUGCCAGGCCGUCGCUUCUCAAGUGGGUCAUCUCCCUCCUAGUGUGCUGCUGGGGGUCCCGCUCUUCCAGGAACUCCGGUGACAAUGGCAGCGAGAACAUUGAGAUGGGCCCGAUGACGCUGCGGGAAUACAUCGCAACGCUGGAGCCGUACGACCCAGAGAUCCACGGCUGGCGGGGGGACGAGCCGUUGACUGUGAAACGCAGAACUCAAAAGCGAAACUCCAACCACAGGUUGAGCCUUGCGAACGGGGGCCUGCCGGGAUCAUCUGGAGACAGCCCCGCCUACAGCUCUGUCAGCUACCAUCCCAGACAGCGGGGCAGCGUGGAGCUGCAGAGUAACAACGUCAUCUAGAUGCUGAUAUUGUGCCUUCUUGGAUCCAGUGACUUAAAAGGCGCCUUCAGAUAACUGUGACUGUUCCGGUAAAACCUGACUUCCUAUUUUAGAACACAAAUGUUUUAGAAACAUGUUUUUAGAUAUUGUUAGAAAUACUGUAAAUGAUGUAAGUAGGUGAAUAUUGUAAUUACAUUGUAAAAAAUAGUUGUCUGUUUUAUAGGGUAAAAAAUGUACUUAAUCAAAAAACAAAAUCAUGUUGUGUAACAAAAUAGUCUAAAUCAAUAAAUAGAAUUUAGUUAAGUUUUUUAGAAGACAAACAUUUUAUGCUAAACACAAAUGGUGCCUAUUUAAAAAGCAAAGAGUUUUUUCUUAAUGAUAUUUUCUGGAUUUAAUAAUUUGUUUUGUACGGUAUAUAAAAAGUGUAUGUUCAUUGAAAAAAAAGAAAAUGAAAUAAUAUCCAAUUUAAUUUGAAUACAAACCCUUUGAGCACACAAUUUGUGAAUGGGAAUUUUUUACAAGAUACUUUUAUAUGAAAC